AUGAAAAUUACCUUUGUUACCGGAAACGCAGGCAAACUGCGAGAAGUGCGACAAAUUCUUGGUGCAGCGAACAUCGACGUCGUGUCUAAGGAACUUGACAUCCCCGAAAUCCAAGGUACGACCGCGGAGAUCGCCAUCGCCAAGUGUCGCCGUGCUGCUGAGCUACUGGACGGCCCCUGCAUCACCGAGGACACCGCACUCUGCUUCGAAGCAAUGAACGGCCUCCCUGGACCGUACAUCAAAUUCUUUCUCAAAGAGCUCGGCCAUGACGGCCUCAACAACAUGCUUGUCGGCUUCCCUACGAAAGCCGCCUAUGCCCUCUGUACCUUCGCAUACAGUGCGGGACCUAAAUGGGAGCCGAUCCUAUUCGAAGGUCGCACCGAUGGCCAGAUCGUUCCCGCAAGAGGCGAAGGCAACUUUGGCUGGGACGCCUGCUUCGAGCCAAAGGGCUUCGAACAAACAUAUGCUGAGAUGCCGGCCGAAUUGAAGAACCAGAUCUCUCAUCGCGGCCGUGCGCUGGAGAUUUUGGUAAAAUACUUGCGGACCCUUGAGUAGCAACCUCGUGUAGGCAGGAUAGGUUGAGUUGGUGGCGAUGGUGCGGGAUCCAUUGGAAUGUCCGAGGUAGGCUCGUGAACCAGCCUCACGUUCGGAGGCGGAAGACAAUCGUUCCGAAGUCUGAGGCGCUUGUAGCACAUACGCCGCGUCAUGUAUUGCUUACUUUUACGGUUUCGAAUGUAUCAAAC